ACUAUGUAAACGGAGUUGGUCUUGAACUCAGAAGAUCCACUUGCCUCUGCUUUCCUGAGUGCUAGUCUUUUAAGUAUUUUUUUAUAAUCUCUUUAAGUUGAACAUAUACAAUCAGGCAAAAGGAUGGUAGAACUAGAGAGACUCAGUUUUCAAACAAAAUAUUGAAGGUGUGGCCAGGAGAUAAGGAUGGAAUUCUGGGACAGAUUCCUCUUUAUCUAUCAGCAGCUCCAUCAGCAGCAGAGGAUUAGAAGGAGACACUAACCAGAAGCUACGGCUCUCUCCUAACUGGUCAGUACCAUGAAUCAGAUUCAAGUCUUCAUUUCAGGCCUCAUACUGCUUCUCCCAGGUGCCGUGGAGUCUCAUACAGCAGUGCAGGGGCUGGCGGGUCACCCUGUCACACUUCCAUGUAUUUAUUCGACACACCUUGGUGGAAUCGUUCCUAUGUGUUGGGGCCUAGGGGAAUGCCGCCAUUCUUAUUGUAUACGGUCACUUAUCUGGACCAAUGGAUAUACGGUCACACAUCAGAGGAACAGUCGAUACCAGCUAAAGGGGAAUAUUUCAGAAGGAAAUGUGUCCUUGACCAUAGAGAACACUGUUGUGGGUGAUGGUGGUCCCUAUUGCUGUGUAGUGGAGAUACCUGGAGCGUUCCAUUUUGUGGACUAUAUGUUGGAAGUUAAACCAGAAAUUUCCACGAGUCCACCAACAAGGCCCACAGCUACAGGAAGACCCACAACUAUUUCAACAAGAUCCACACAUGUACCAACAUCAACCAGAGUCUCUACCUCUACUUCUCCAACACCAGCACACACAGAGACCUACAAACCAGAGGCCACUACAUUUUAUCCAGAUCAGACUACAGCUGAGGUGACAGAAACCUUACCCUCUACUCCUGCAGACUGGCAUAACACUGUGACAUCCUCAGAUGACCCUUGGGAUGAUAACACUGAAGUAAUCCCUCCACAGAAGCCACAGAAAAACCUGAAUAAGGGCUUCUAUGUUGGCAUCUCCAUUGCAGCCCUGCUGAUAUUGAUGCUUCUGAGCACCAUGGUUAUCACCAGGUACGUGGUUAUGAAAAGGAAGUCAGAAUCUCUGAGCUUCGUUGCCUUCCCUAUCUCUAAGAUUGGAGCUUCCCCCAAAAAAGUGGUCGAACGGACCAGAUGUGAAGACCAGGUCUACAUUAUUGAAGACACUCCUUACCCCGAAGAAGAGUCCUAGUGGCCCUCUGAGGCACCUUCUGCCUGAGAUUAAAGAGACUGUCAGUGAUAUCACAGCGUCCAGAGCAAUUUUCUGUGUUGGUUCUUCCAGCUGUAGUGGAGAGGGUAACCCUCUACUGUGUACACUCAACUCAAGUUUAACAUCAUCCUAAUUCUUGUAUCAGCACCGCCUCAGUGUCUCCAUUCACUGCAGCGAUUUUCUCAAAUGUGAACAUUUCAGAGGGUUGAUUUUUUUUCUGAGUCAACACAAUUACUGAUAAUACAGAAAUAGUCUUGGUUAUUUAAACCAUUAAGAGAGAAAUAAUAUUUAAAAGUUUAAAAAAAUGUGUGGGUGGGAGGGAAGUUCUGAAUUCAGAAGAAUUUCAUAAUCAUGUUUUAUCUAUUUUAUCAUACUUUGAAAUGUCACUUCCCCCAUCUUGCCCAAAGGGCUUCAAUAAUGAGAGCAUGGAGGUUUUAAGGAAAUCUAAUGUCGCUUUUAGAGGUGGCAAAUUUCUCAUACUUCUGGAAAUAAGAUCAUUUAUUAUGCCGUUGGUCUUAGGAUAAGGGUGGGUGUUCAUUAUUAGGAGAGGUUAUCAUGGUGACUAUGGACCAGGCACACAUCAGGGGAAGAAAAUAAUGGAUCAAGGGAUUCAGUUCAUUGGUGCUAUUUCUACUCCACUUCUGUCUUGGUGCUUACUGUUCCUAAACUUACCCACUGAGCUCUGAAUUAGGUGCUAGGAGGAGAUAGUGAAGAAAUGAAAGGGGAAGGAAAGGCAAGAGAGAAGGGCACAGGCUCUCUGCUGAGAGAAGCCUUAUGGCAGGUGUGACAGUAUUUGGGACUAUCUACUUUUCAUAAUGAAGCAAUUUGUCACAAUCAAUAAAAUAUUUGGUUUUGCUAAGAACUAACAAAAGUUGUUGCAGUUUGGUUGUUGAAAAGAGCAGAUUGGCUAGAGUUUGUUAAUGUCUAUAUCAGUCUGCAUGAUUCUUGACACCGGAUCAGAGACAUUCAACCCAUAGCCAAGGAGAGCAGGGUGCUGGAUCUUAGUACAGACUCCCAGUGCUGUACUAUGGAGUUCUAGGAAAUGAAUGUGUGUCUGCUUCGGGUUUGUUUGGCUGUUUGGUUGAUUGGUUGGGUGGUUGAUUGGUGAGUAGGUUUUGGUUUGGUUUGGUUUGGUUUGGAUUGGUUUUUAAUAUUUGCUUGUUUGUUUGUUUUUGUUUUUGAAAAGUCAGAUAGUGAGUGGAAAGUUGCAUUCUGUCUGGGUUUGCCAAUGGAGCCUCCUUCAUCUGCUGUAAAAAUAAUUAUGCUUAAAGUACAUUGUUUUAUUUUUCUUAAAUAUGCAGCGAUUAUACAUCAAAGAAUGUUUUUAGCCAUGACAGCCCUGAUUUGUAGCUUCCCUAGAAAUACUAUGGAUGGUGAAAGUACAGGAGUUAUAGUCUACAGCUUGAUUUUAAAAGAGGUUUUAAGAAGCUAAACCUAUUGCAUCUUAAGACCAGCCUCCAUCUUAAAGAAAAAAAGCCUAGGAAAAUGACCUACAGCUGAACUCAUGCUACACCCAAGUGCCAGGAAGGACCCCAUGUCCUUGGCCCAUAACCCAGAGUUACUCCCUAGCUACUUCCUAGCAACAGUCAAUCAAAGAUUAGUCUGACUGUUUCAGAUGUACUUUCCGACCAUUUGUGAUUGCCAUGGUCUUGCUUCAGAGCAUGCACCUGAGAGCUGACAGUACUCAUUCUGUUAGAUGCUCGUCAGACUAGACACCCCUCACUUGCUCCUAUUCUACUGUAAAACUCUUUCCAAAUGAGGGUUCAGAGUUGCUUCACCAAACCGUCCUAUGCUUAGCAGUAAGGCCAAACUCCAGUGUAAAAUAAAGAGACCCUAAGGGGAUCGUAUUGUUAUUUGGCUCCUUGGUGGUCUUUUGAGGUUCAUAAAUGCUUCCAAGCACAAUAUUAGAAGUUAAACUUU